AUGGCCACAGGUAGUGAUCAAUCACGUAAGAUGUUCCUUAACUUUUACUUGAAUUUUGCCACUGGACCACAAUUCAAUUGGCCCAAGCUGACACAAGUGGUACUCAAUCCCUUCAAUCCCUUAGGUUUGGACCUUUACAUGAAGGCACAGGAGCUGGAUAGUCACCCGGCAUUGAAACCUAAAGAGCAGGCGCACGUGAAAUCCCUCUUGGCACUUAUCAAGGCAGAUAUUGAGAACUCUGAUGACGAGGGUGACGAUGAACGUAGAGCGGAAUCCGAUGCAACCCAGCUGGCGAACGACCUCCCUCCCUCGAGUGCUUCUCAUGAGAGCACACUCAGGGUUACUAGUAUGCCUGCUGUGCAGAGCCUGCAUGGUGAUGCUCCUAUCUCUCAUCCACAAUUGGAUUUGUCCUUACCAGCCCGUCCGAACUUUGACACCCCAACUCCCAUACACGAAGACCGUCAGUACGGCCUGUUUCGGUCAAUGGCUGUGCCCAAGGUCCUCGCUCGCACACCUUGUCCAUCCUUUGGCGAAUUCUCUAGGGUUGAUAAGACUCCUGUUGUUGACAACGGGUUCCCCAAUGUACUCAAUCCGGCCUAUGCCAACAUCCCGGACAAUUCCCCUGGACGUAAAAACAGCAGAGGAGAGACAUCUUAUUUGACGGAAGAAGGAGAUCGGUUUCUUGAUUCUGUUAUGGCCAGUGUCAACCAAAAUCAAAAUCUCUCUCCUGCGCAAGGAAACCCAGUCCCGCCGGUACCCACCCCCCCAGCUGAUAAACAACCGCCUCCUGCUAUACCUAAGCGGCAAUCCGAGCGUCCAGUGGUGAUUCGUGAGCGCCAGGAGCGGCGGCCAAAGUAUCGAUUCUCUACCGUCAUACUCGAAGGCAUUGAAGACAAUCAUACUGGGAAUUCGAGAAAGAACAGAAAUAGGGUGCCCGACUCUGAAGAGGAUGAAGCUGAUGAUCAUGGACAUUCAAAGAAAUCUAGGGUGGACGACGACUCUGAAGAGGACCCUGAUGCUGAAGGAAUUCCGGACGAUGGCGAGUGGUUUCAGCCCACCCAGCAGAAGCAACAAGUCGCAGUUAUUCUUGACCACGGAAUUGGUCAUCCAGCACAAUUCCGAAGCGGCCCAACACAGGAGGCAACCCCGCGUUAUCAUCCCUUGGUGGACGAUUUUAUAUCCUUGGAGUUGAUGAAAGGGAUGAGCAUUCCCCGGAACCCGAAUCUGGCCGUGCUCCAUAAGCAAUUCCAGCGUCAUUCUCCAAUCUAA